AGGAUAUUUCCGUCCUUCUUCGUAAGGAGUCCAGGCGAUGAGAAUGGUGAAUUUGACGGCUCAGAUACUCCCAUCCUAAGUACUCGAUCUGCUUCCUUUUCAAUAGACUUCUGCAGAACAAAAGGGAGUGGAUAGUGUUUGUUUCUGACGACCAUGCCUUUAGGAAGAGAAAUGGCGAGCCACACUGAUCCUCUAAAAGACUGUCCUGGCUUCGCUGGUGGGGGUGUGAGGUGAUGUUGUGAGGUGUAGCCUCCACUCCCCCCACGCACUCAGUCAAACGCAGGACUUGCGUCAGCAAAUGUCGUCAUCUUUAAUGGCGACAGCUUAACCACAACCAACUACAGCUGCGUCUCUCCUGACGUCAAACUAGUCUUUGAUGUCAUUAUAAUUAUGACGUUUGUCAACUCGUCUCAGCUCCGUUCAUCAGAGCCAGACGACCUUCCCCCUGAUACACUGAUUUGCCCCCAUCCUCCUCGCUCUUGAGUAACCUCCGUCUUGCCAUGGCCACUCGCAAGGAAGGACUGGCAGUACACGUUCAUGACAUUUUCGUGUCGUGCUUACAAGGCGUGGCAUCGGCAGGUGAUUGACGGACGGAGACGAUUUCGUCACCAAGGACUGGCAACGGGUGGAGCGCAGGUUCCCUGUCGAGGGGUCCAUCAGUUGACAAUGAGAAUUCAGAAUAUUUUACAGAUCUGGGGAAAAUGCCGCUGGCGAGCUGCCAGAAGGAUGCAAAUUGCAAGGCUGGUCAUUUUAUCAGCAACCAUCUUGAGUUUUGCUGUCUACGUGUUCCUCUACAGGAAACAAGGCCUUCACACCUUAAACAAAGUUUUGAUCGCCCAGAGUACAGAGAGAAAAAUUAAUACUACUGCAGUCAAGGUUUCUACUAAUGCCUGGGCUCAAAACAACUCCUCAAAAACAACCGUUGCAAGCCUUUCGACUCAGACCUUUGGGGAACGUGCGACUACCAGCAGCGGCAUCACCUUGACAGGUACAACAAAAAAGCCGGUUGUCUGUCAGGAAUAUAAUCUCACCUUUGUCUCUGCUUUCUUCGAUUUCGGAGACCACCCGAAAGGCGGUAGCUGGCGGUACUGUGCAGACGUACUACCCGUGGAGCGAAGCCUUUGGUCGCAUUUUCGCUCCUUUGAUCUUCUACACGGACUCGGACAAGUUUGGAGAGCACAUCCGGCAACUGCGCGCACACAUGGCGCCACAUCUCACCCACGUCAUAUCCGUUAA